AUGGGGCACCUCAGCAAUGACGAGUUCUUCGUCAAGCUCCAGGAGCUCUUCGACGGCCGCAAGGGCAAAGACCACGGCGCCAUCUACCUGACCCAGAAGCGAUUGUCCUACAAGCAGCCCAUUCCCGAGGCCACCACCGACGCCGUCAUCCCCGAGCUGCACCCCCCGCAGCCCCUGCCCAUCCUCAUCAGGGCCACCAACGGCAAGUCCAAGGAGAAGCGCAAGGAGAAGCUCAAGGUCAAGCUGUCCACCGUCGUCGAGCCUGAUGCCCUACCCGCCUUCUUCGCCCGCUACGCCGACGUCUGCAAGGCCAGCAUGACCACCCUGAAGCCCAGGGACAGGAGCAAGCGCAAGGGCAAGGCCAAGAAGAAGAAGACCACGGCCGCACCUGCUGCCUGA